AUGAAGGCCUUACAGCUUGUGCAGGUCCUCCUUCCGUCGCUCGAGGGCCACCGCCAAGAAAGCCGGCGACCCGACCCCCCGACCCCACCGCCCCCUGCCCCGCCGGCCCUCGCGAAGAGCGUCAAGAGCCGGGGGAGCGGGAAGCUCUCCAGCAGCUUCAAGCUCACCAGCAAGCUCUUUUCUCGAGAUAGCUGGGACGGGGACGAGGAGACCGCCAGCGCCUCCGAGGUCGUCGCGUCCCGAAGAGAGGUGGGCGUCAGCAGGCAAAGGGACGCCCGCGCCGCCCUCGGGAAGUCCAAGUCCAUCGACGCCAUAGUUGAGACAGGCUAUGACCCGACCUCAGCGCGGGCCAGAGACCGGAGUAUCGUCGGAUGGGAAACUGAAAUAGAAGAGAACAGAGAAAUAAACAAGAAAAGCCAGAAGGAGGAAGAGAAGGGGAAGACAGAGCCAGUCCGAGUCGCAGGUCCCGACCGACUCGAAAAACAGGUCUUGGAAGAGUUGAUGAAAGGACUUAUUGUGGCCGGAAGUCCAGGAUCUGGUAAUGAGGCCGACACGGAGUCCUUGAUGGAGUGCGAGCGAAGCGCCCCAGGAAACGCGGACGACAGCGCAGACGACAAGAUGAGCAGCGGGAACGGCAGGAAGACCGCGGUGUCCGGGCCCUCGGGGGGCUCGUGCUCGGCCAGCUCCUCGGGCAUGCCCAAAAUCGACCUCAGUGCCUCCUCCAGGUCUCUCAACCGCAGCAUCCAGCAUCUAGUGCAGGAAGACACGGAAAACCGCCCCGGGCAUCGCCCACCCACGCCCGCGCGCCCGUCACUGCCCACUCUCCUGCCCGGCCGCCUCCUGGACGUGUCGCUCAGCGCCUCCGUCGGCAGCACCAAGAGCGAGGGGCGGUCGGUGGCGCCGUCGCGUCGCGUCACGUUCUCGUCGUUCCCGCGGUCCGCCUCCGAGCCCCGGUCGCUGACCGUGUCGCCCACGCGGAACCUGCGCCCCGAGGACGACGACGACGACGACGAGGACGAGACCGUGACGGACCUGCUGGACUCCUCGACGCGUUCCGAGGGCUGGGACCACAUCCGGGGGGCCAGAGGGCGCGGCCCGUCGUGCACGCCCUCGGAGGGCCACGUAGUCCCUCUGCCGCCCAUCAACCAGCCGCGCUUCUCCGAGUUCGGGGUACGCGGGCGCGAGGGCAUCCGCGGGCGUGGCGGGCUGGGCGGGGGCGAGGAAAACGUACUCAACGUCGCCAAAAAGACCCUGGAGCAGCUGGAGAGCGUGCUGGCGCCCUCGGAGGGAGCCGCCCUGCCGCGCCACAUCCCCAGAACCAGGACGAGCCAGCAGAUCCACCUGGAGACCUAGCACAUCUCGCGCUGGCCGCGCGCCCACGUCCAGACACGACCGAAGCCGCGCAAGCAGGCGCGGAGGCGGUCGCGCGCUCGCCACGACCACGAGGACGACUGAACGGCCGAGCGCAGGACCGGCCGGGGCAGGAGGCGGCGGGUGAAGGGACGGCUCUGUGGCGUCCCGACGGACCGAGGCGGGCUGUCCGAAUAACCCAUGAGAUGGCAGUCUUGUCCUGAGAGAGACCGAAUGCGUGCGAUGUGCGUUCAGGUGCUUUCGCCUCACACUUGCAUCGUUUGCACAUUUUAUCUGGAGAAAGAGCAACCAAAUCAUCAUAGCCAAUGACUUCUAAACUAAUACUUAUUUCAGUGAAAAAGACACCGAGACAUAUUUGACAACUAUACAGUGAAACUAGGUUUAUGUGACGUCUCUGUGCGCAAAUACAAUAAGUGAUCUUUAAGAUGAAAAAAGAGAGAAAAAAAGAAAAAGACGAAAUCACCAAGCAAAUAAAAUAAAUCCGUCCUCAAACUGUGCUUUAUAUAUAAUUAUCAUUUUCAAAGCGACUACGGCCCUAAAUUUAGGCCUGCUUCUACUGUGAACACCACUGUUGCCGCUGUGACCAAUCUGAAACUGAUUCCGAAAGAAAUGCGUUGAUUUAUGUGUCUAGAACUGAACGGAAUUCAGUUUUCUGUGUUUAAAGUGACAGUAUUCAUCGUGUUUAUAAAGCCAAACCAGCAUAUUCACGAAGAGA